CUGUGCCAGACUUGGCCGUGCUUGCCGCCGCCGCUGCCAGCCCCCAGCGCCGCUUGGCGAUAGAACUCUCCUCUCCUCCUCCGCUAGUGUCAGUCCAAUCUUCCGGGCGCUGCAUCUAUACCUCACCGAGCCCGCUCGCACGCACAGCUCUGCUUGCUGCGUACCCUCCGCGCGCGUUGCACAGCCUGCCCCCUCUGCGCAGCACACAGACAGGCACAGCUGCGCCCACGCACCACCACCCGAAACGCCAUCAUCUCCACGCGGCCGACCCCAGCAGCCCACCCUGCUGCCCGCUCCCGCGACAGACCAGCUGCGCCUAUCUUGCGACCCGAACACUACCGCAGAGUCAUUGAUGGCAUUUGGAAGCAUCAUGUGCUUCGGAAGCAGCAGCAAAGAUGAUCCCGACGCGAAGAAGAGCAGGGAGAUCGAGAAGCAGCUGCGGGAGGAUCAGAAGCGCCUCGCCAAGGAGGUGAAGCUGCUGUUGUUGGGUGCGGGAGAAUCGGGCAAGUCUACAGUGCUGAAGCAGAUGCGCUUGAUCCACACCAAAGGCUUCUCCAAGGAAGAACGAAAACAAUGGAAAGUCACCAUUUUCCAAAACCUGCUGCACGCUUUCCAGGUCGUGUUUGGCGCUAUGGAAGAGCAGGAGGUCGAUUUCGCCGACCCAAGCAAUAUCCGAUACGCCGAGAUUGUUGCCGCGGAUCCGGACAUUGGCCCUGAAGACCCAAUGCCUUUGGACUGCCUGAAGGCUUUCACCAGCUUGUGGCGCGAUGCAGGCGUGCAAACUGCCAUUAAGAAGGGCAACGAAUACGCACUGCACGACAAUUUGACAUAUUACUUUGCAGACAUUGAAAAGCUGUUCGCCAAAGACUUCCUCCCAUCAGACCAGGACAUUUUGCGAGCGCGUCUACGAACGACCGGAAUCAGCGAGACCAUUUUCGAGACCGGCAACCUCACGUACCGCAUGUUCGAUGUCGGUGGACAGAGAUCAGAACGAAAGAAGUGGAUCCAUGUCUUCGACAACGUGCAAGUGGUGCUCUUCUUGGUCGCAAUCAGCGGUUUCGACCAUGUCUUGGUCGAAGACCGAAAUGGCAACCAAAUGCAUGAAGCACUGAUGCUUUUCGAGAGCAUCGCCAACAGCAAAUACUUCGAAAAGUCUGCGCUUAUCUUGUUUUUGAACAAGAUCGAUUUGUUCAGAGAAAAGGUCCAGUCAGGCAAGGCACGCAUCAAGGACCACUUCCCAGACUAUACAGGAGGAGACCGCGACGUCGACGCCGGCCAACAAUUCUUCGCAACCAAGUUCAGGAACCUGGUCCGAGAUCCCGAGAAGGAUGCAUAUGUACACUUUACAAACGCCACCGAUACGAACCUCCUCGACAAGACGAUGAAGAGCGUCCAAGAUAUGAUUGUGCAACGCAACCUGCAUAACUUGAUGUUGUAAGGGCAGAGAGGAUAUCUGAUUCGAGCAUACCAUUCUUGUGAUACCCAACAGCUUGGGCAUCGGCGACGCAGAGAGACGUCGUACCUUUGGGAUGCGAGACAUCCGAUGCAGCAGAAGCAAGUACAAAUCCAACAACUUUUAUUGGCAUAGCGAGUUCGAUUCAUGGGGAAGGCAUCAAGGGCAUAUUUAUCCCACCACGACUGAAGGCGAAGCCCUCCGAUGGACAGCGACGGCAGAACUUCGGCGCCGCGAUGAUGACUGCAGGCCAUUCGCGAGAAAUCCGACUGAACCUUUUUUACUUGUGUGCGAGAAGAAGAACGAACCAAACGCCGCAAUGCUAUCAGGCUGAACUGGACUGGGGCGGCGUAACACCAAAGCAAAAAAAUAAACCCCUUUCUCAACCAACCUUCGCACGAAGCAUUUUCUCCCGGGCGGCGCAGGAGAAUUGCGUGAAAGCGCAGUUGAGGGAUCUGAUUGAUUCGUGGCUUUUUGUGUCCUAGCAAUGUGUAGCUCUAAUCGUGUUUGGAGGCAAGCAUUUCGAGGUGGUGAUGGCCAAUAGCGAGCAGAUGAAAAGAGAAUGAGAGGCGGUCACAAGCGCCGAGGGGUCAAAUGGGCCACGGGCGCUGCUUUAUUCGAUCGCGCAGCAGUCACAUAGAGAUGUUGCAGGCCUCAAGGCAUUGGCAG